AUGUCGGAAAACGAAGAAAGAAGAAGCAAGAAGAAACCUAUUUUCAGAACUUCUCCCCUUCAAAUCAACGGCCAAGAUGCCUCCCGCCUCGUCGGAGGCAUUGUCGAGAAGGGUUUUUCAUCACAUGCUGCUCCUCCUCCUCCUCGCCCCACUGUCCUCCCUUUUCCGGCAGCCCGCCACCGAUCCCACGGCCCACAUUGGAAUCCAGCUGGUGGUUGUAUUGGUGAUGAUGAUUGGGAUAUGGAUGAUGUUGAAGAGGAGGGUUUUAGUGGGUAUGAGAAUGCUGCUGCUUUUGCUCAGCCAAUGCAAAGAAAAGAAAAAAAAAGUGUGGACUUUACUAAGUGGCGUGAGUUGAUGGCAAGUGACCAGAGCGGGGACUUAUUGGUGUCUAAGAAGGCGAAAAAGAAAAAUGCCGGCAGUAUAGAAAAGACUCAAGUGGUUCCUAGAUUGAAUGAGAAUGAUGAUGUACUUAGGAGGAUUGAAGAUGUGCAACCUCAAUGUGCUUUUCCAGUCUGUGAUAGAGCAGAUGAAAUGGAUACUGAUGUAUUUGAAUCGGUAAAAGAUCCGGAGGAGGUCUCUGCUAUGGUACUUGAUGGUGAGCCUUCACAAAGUAAUGGAAUGUACAAUUUGGGAACUGGUUUUGGUUCAAAUCAGUUAUUUAAUAAAAAUGUUGGUUCCACGAGUCUUGAGAGUGAAAUUGAUGCUGAGAAUCGUGCCCGAUUAGAGAGAAUGUCUUCGAAUGAAAUUGCUGAAGCGCAUGCUGAGAUAAAGGCUAGGAUGAGUCCUGCGUUGAUAGAGAAAUUGAGGAAGCGCGGACAAGACAAGUUACAAAGGAAGAAGGGUCCUGCUUCAGAUACGGCUGCAAGCAGCCCACAAGUUGUUGGUAGCAGUAUUAUGACCAACCCUUCCGGGAGUCCUCUCAAAAAUAGCUCCCCCAAGGGUGUGCCAGCAUCUCAGAGCAAUGUCUCCCUCAAGGUGAUGACUGCUGAUUCAAAAGAUGCACAGCAGGGUUUAGGCAAUGCUGGUCAGGUCAAACUUAGUUCAAAGAGCAGUAGUUUGUGGGAAUCUUGGAGCAGAAGAGUUGAAAGUGUUCGAGAAAUUAGAUUCUCUGUGGAUGGUGACGUUAUGAAAUCUGAUAUUUCUUAUGGCGAAGGGAACUUUGGUAAUGCUUCAGCUCGUAGUGGAUAUAACGUCUCUGAACGUGACUUCCUUAGAACUGAAGGCGAUCCCGGUGCUACUGGCUACACGAUAAAAGAAGCGCUAGCCCUCACUAGAAGUGUCGUGCCGGGGCAACGGGUUUUCGCAUUGCAGCUGAUUUCGUCCAUAUUAGAUAGGGCAAUUUUUGGACUUUAUGAGAAGAAAGUUGGCUGCACCUUUGAGUUUCCUGCAACUGAUGGAAAUAUUGAUUGGGAGGCUAUUUGGGCUUUUGCUCUUGGCCCAGAACCUGAGCUUGCUUUAUCUCUGAGGAUAUGCCUAGAUGAUAACCACAAUUCUGUGGUUCUAGCCUGUGCGAAAGCUAUUCGUUCUGUGCUGAGCUGUGAUCUCAAUGAGAGUUUCUUUGAUGCUUCGGAGAAGUUACCAUGCAUUCACGGUGAUGUUCAUACUGCUGCUGUAUUCAGAACUAAAUCUGACAUGGAUGUUGGUUUUCUUCCCGGUGGAUUCUGGAAGUAUAGUGCUAAGCAGUCUAAUCUUGUACCUUUUGCUGAUGAGGUGGAUCAUGAAGUGCCUGAACAAGGUGAACAUACCAUUCAAGAUGAUAUUGUUGUUGCAGGUCAAGAUGUAGCUGCUGGUUUGAUCCGAAUGGGAGUCCUUGAAAGGGUUUCCUAUUUGUUGGAGACACAACCUUCAGCUGCAUUGGAAGAGUGCUUGCUUUCAAUAUUGAUUGCCAUUGCAAGACAUUCCCCAUCUGCUGCUACUGCAAUCCGCAAGUGCAAUGGUCUUGUUCAAGCAAUUGUGGACAGAUUCAUCUCGAAGGAGCAAAUGAAAAUCACUCCUUCCAAGAUAAAAUCUGUUAUCUUCCUGAAAGUAGGUCAGCUUGAGCAGGCUUGA